AUGGUAGAAAGUUAUUUUGAAUCGCCAACGGAGCGGUCUGGUCUGCUUGCCCAACCAAAUGAGGAACCUGCAUUUGAAGGAUCAUCCAGUAAAACCAAGAAGGCGUUCGGCAUAUGUGUCGGUAGUAGCAUUGUUCUAAUUGUAGUUGCUUCUUUGAUCAUGGUCAUGCACAUGACAGACAUGAAUAAUAACAAGCUACGAAUGGAGUCGUCGCUCUUGGAGAAGCAAAACCAGCAUCAUCGGUUUCCCAGUGAUUUUGUGUGGGGUGCCGCCACCUCGGCCUAUCAGAUCGAAGGGGCCGCUUAUAACAAAGAAGGAAAGAUUAUCAAAAGUGAGAAGAAGGGUUACAACAACACAAAGAGGGCGAACUUUCACAUGAAGAAAUCAAAAAAUUCUUUCCAGUUGCCCUGA